AGCGCAGCCGUUUUUGCACUCCUGCCGGCCUAUUGACUGCCUUGCGGACUGCCAAUCCUGCAAUGGCUCGUGCCUCUACGCUCUCCAAGGCUCUUUUGGCCGCCGGAGCCCUCGUGGCCCUGCGCCUUUUGUCAGGCGAGACCUUUGUGACGCCGAAGCAGCGCAACGAAGCAGCAGCGGCGAUGGCAGCUGCCAUGGUGGCAGUAUCUGCACCAGCCAUGGCUGAGGUCCCCACUUUCUCCGUCUUUGGGUUUGGCAGCGGCCAGUCUGAUGCCUACAGCCAGAAUGACAACCCGAUCAACCCAUACUCCCAGUUCAGCGAUGGCAGCGACACAGUCUACCAGGCCAAGAACCAGCCUGAGAUGGAGAGGAGGACCAAGUCAUUGAAGGCAGGGCUGAAGCGUUUCGAG